AUGUUUCCUAUUUGUUUUUUAUCGUAUUCUGUCGGACUCCGAUAUCUAUCUAUCUAUCUAUCUAUCUAUCUAUCUAUCUAUCUAUCUAUCUAUCUAUCUAUCUAUCUAUCUAUCAUUAAAUUAGAAAUGUAUCGUUCUAAAAAUGGAAUACAGAAUGCUCCUUCAGAUAUGUUGGACCAGGGAAUACAGAAUGGUCCCUCAGAUAUGUUGGACCAGGGAAUACAGAAUGGUCCCUCAGAUAUGUUGGACCAGGGAAUACAGAAUGGUCCCUCAGAUAUGUUGGACCAGGGAAUACAGAAUGGUCCCUCAGAUAUGUUGGACCAGGGAAUACAGAAUGGUUCCUCAGAUAUGUUGGACCAGGGAAUACUGAAUGGUCCCUCAGAUAUGUUGGACCAGGGAAUACAGAAUGGUCCCUCAGAUAUGUUGGACCAGGGAAUACAGAAUGGUCCCUCAGAUAUGUUGGACCAGGGAAUACAGAAUGGUCCCUCAGAUAUGUUGGACCAGGGAAUACAGAAUGGUCCCUCAGAUAUGUUGGACCAGGGAAUACAGAAUGGUCCCUCAGAUAUGUUGGACCAGGGAAUACAGAAUGGUCCCUCAGAUAUGUUCUUGUUUAUUUCUUUUUACAUUUCUCUCUUUAUCUCAUUCUUUCUUUCUUUCUUUCAUUCUUUCUUUCUUUCUUUCUUUCUUUCUUUCUUGCUAGGUUUGUGUCUUUCUUUCUACGUUUCUCUCUUUCUUUAUAUAUUUUUUCUUUCUUGCUCGGUUUCUUUCUUUCUACGUUUUUCUCUUUAUCUCAUUCUUUCUUUCUUUCUUUCUUUCUUUCUUUCUUUCUUUCUUUCUUUCUUUCUUUUUUCUUUCUAA